UUUACCUGUUUAAGUUUAAUUAUCAAUAUACACAAUACAAAAACAUAUCUAUUGCGAUAUGUAUUGUAGGUCAAUGAUAUUUAAUACACAUUUAUUAUAUUAAAAACCAGUUUUAUCUUACGUUUAUGUUGGACUAUGCUUGAAUAACAUUUUCUGUGCGUUAUAUUUUUCACAACUGUGCAAAAUGGACGUUCUGGGAGAUCUCAAUAUAACUUAAGAUGAAGAUGCUUGGCAGGUUUAUUGUUACAAUAAACUGUUUGGUUAUGCUAAGUUUUCAAGUUUCGAUGGUGGAUCUGGUCGAGCCGAUCCCAUAUUUGAUUAAAAUUGUAAAACCUCUGUCUACGUGCGGCCCAGGGAAAUACCUUAACGCCAACAUUAAUAGCAGUGGACGAUGCAAGAAGUGUCGACCCUGUGCUAAGGGAUAUGUUGAAGUGUCACCAUGUAGUAAGUACCAGAAUACCAGGUGCCAACUUUGUCCACCAGGGACAUUUAAUGAUAGAAGAAACGGUGUUUGCAAUAACUGCACAGCUUGUGACAAAGGUUUCUUCGUAAGAAGACCAUGCUUACCUUCUAAAGACACUAAAUGCCGCAAAUGUCCUGAAGGAACCUUCUCUGUUGAUGGAACUCGAUGGGGAUGUAAAUAUUGUAAAAUAUGCAGCGAAAUUCAGGACGAGAUUUUACCUUGCACAACGGAAAACGAUCGAGUAUGCACGGACGAUAAUCAAAUAGACUCCGCACAAUCUGAAGUGAUAUGGACAGAGACAGAAGUUGAAGACAAUGUUGAAUUUAACACCCAUACCCGAUUGGUCCUGGUUGCCACUUGCACGGCGAUUUCAUUUACCUUCUUAAUUGUCCUUCUCGCUUGGACGUUACAAACAUACCGUCAUUUUGCAAACCGGUAUCAGACGACGCUCUGUAAAAUCUGUGUUCUUUGACGUGUGGCCUAUCCUGUUGAUGUUAAACACAGUCCUUGUUAAUAGCCUGCUUAUUUCAUGGAAUAGUUCCUCAUUGUCAUAUUCGAAAAAGAAACCACGUACUAAAUAUUCAAGUUAAAAUAUUGUUUUCCAUGGUGGAUCAAUGAAUAAUUGAAAUGUCUGGUGUUUCCAAGAGCUUCCGAAGUUUAUUCGUGAGUGAAGUUUCAGGGCAUAAUGGUUUGCUGGUUAAUUGUAAAUUAUAUAUAUAUAAUGAAACACAUAAAUGCAAUAUAAUAUUUUCAUAUAGAAUUAUUGUUUUCAUUCCUGUGUGGCUAACUAUGAUGUAUUUUUAUGAAUAUUAUUUGUCUGUUCAAACAUGUGCGUGCUUUUCGUAAUGUAUACUUAUUUAUAUAUCAACGUUCUUUUAACGUGUAUGCGUUAAUAAAUGAUAG